AUGGCCGAGUCCAACCCGCUGCGGGGGUUCCCCCGUCUGCGCCGGGCCGCGACCUCAUUUCCAGGCAAUCUGCAUCUGGUCUUGGUGCUCCGACCCACCGGCUUGUUAAGCUCUGCCCCUAGUCCGUCCUCAAGCACUGACCUGGGCUUUCGCUUCAGCCAGGAUGACUUCCUGUUAAAGAUGCCAGUGGUGAUGCUGCGUUCAGUUGGUGACCUGCUACGCUACAUCGAUGAGAACCACCUGACAUCAGAGUUCACUGGAAAAGUGCAAUACUGCCAGAGUGACUGGAUCGUCCUCCGCACGUCCAUUGAGACCUUUGCAGUGACAGUAAAGGAGAUUGCACAGCUGCUGCAGGGCUUUGGAUCAGAGCUGUCUGAGGCUGAACUUCCGGAUGAGCCCAAUGCUAUUGAGUUCCUGCUGCACUCACACACACACCGAUACCGACAGAUGAAGGAUGAUAUCCGGAGUGUGCUAAAAGAAGGGCGUCUGCUACUGUCCAACCUAGAGACUGUCAAGGCCUCUAAGAGAGACAUAGAUGAGGAGAGGGAGAUACAAGCAGAUAUGGACACGGUUCAGAGGCUCCUGGCUCAGCUCCGAGACAUGGAGGAGGCAUUUGAUGGCUUCUUCGAGAAACACCACCUGAAGAUGCAGCAGUACCUCCAGCUGUUGCACUAUGAAAUGAGUUUCCAGCAGAUGGAGGAGAAGCUGGAGUUUCUCUCAGCUCAGGAAAAGGAGAUUGCCUCUGUGGGAACAACAGUGGUUCAAACGGAACAACUUCUGAGAGAUUUGGAGCUACUGGACAAACAUGCUCAGGAGGAGAUGGCUCGUGCCCAGGUGGUGAUUCUGCAUGGUCACCAGUUGGCUGCCAACCACCACUAUGCCCUGGCACUCAUCGUGCAGCGCUGCAAUGAGCUGCGACAUCUCUGUGAUGUCAUCACUACUGCCAUACGAACCAAGCGGGCCUCGCUCAUUCGAGCACGAGACCUGCUGCGCCGCCUUGAAGAGGCCCUUCGGUGGUGUGACGAAGGUGCCUAUUUGCUUGCAAGUCAGAUGGUGGACAAAUUCCAAACCAGAGAGGGAGCACUGGAUGCAUUGCAGUACCUAAGCAGUCACCAGGAGAGGGCGCCAUCCACUUUGAGAAACAACCAGGACAUUGUGAGCCUGGAGUUUGAAGCGAUACUCACCCCACAGCUGCAGUCACAAAUCUGCAUGGUAACAGAGAAGCUCAACUCGGUGCAGUCCAUGAUCAGAAACAGAGAGCAGUGUCUGAGGAAGCUGGCGGAUUUGCAGAUCAGACCCAUUCAACUGGUGGCCCCCCGACCUGAACCCGACCAGACCUCACAGCGCUGCAAGUCACCCCUCUUCUCCCCUAAACAUGGUGUAGACUUUAAUGUACUAAACUCCAAGUUCUCCUUUGACCUGCUUCCUGGCAAGAGAGCUGCGAGGAGGAACAACAGCCAACGCAAGAUUGAGGUGAUGCACGAUUACCAAGGCAACCGUAGCUGUCUGUACGGCUCCACCACUGAAACUGAAUCUGAGGCAGAAGACAAUCCAGAGCAGGUCACACGCCAUGUUAUGAAGGAACUGAUAGCUACAGAGAGGAUCUAUGUAGACGAGCUACUCUCUGUCCUUCUGGGCUACAGGGCAGAAAUGGAGGACCCAUCCAUGUCUAAUCUCCUUCCCUCAGCUCUACGCAGCCAGAAGGACAUUCUGUUCGGCAACAUGCCAGAGAUUUACCAGUUUCACAGCAGGAUCUUCCUCCAAGAUCUGCAGAGUUGCCUGGAGACACCAGAGAGGGUGGGGGCCUGCUUCCUGCAACGGAAGGAGAAGUUCCAGGUGUACGAGCGUUACUGCCAAAACAAGCCUCGCUCUGAGUUGCUAUGGAGACAAUGCUCUGAUUCACCAUUCUUUCAGGAGUGCCAGAAGAAGCUGGACCACAAGCUGGGUCUGGACUCUUAUCUCCUGAAACCAGUCCAACGCCUCACCAAGUACCAGCUGCUGCUCAAGGAGCUGCUGAAGCACUGUACGGAACAGCGAUACCGCUGUGAACUGAAGGAGGCUCUGGACUCCAUGCUGGAGCUGCUGAAGUCUGUCAACGACUCCAUGCAUCAGAUAGCCAUCACUGGAUAUCAGGGUGACCUCGGCCAGCUGGGCCGUGUGGUGAUGCAGGGCAGCUUCAGUGUGUGGAUCAGCCAUAAGAGGGCAGCGGUGCGAAUGAAGGAGCUGGCCAGGUUCAAACCCAUGCAGAGACAUCUCUUCCUCUAUGAUCACGCCCUGCUCUUCUGCAAGCGCAGAGACGAGGACACUCAUGACAGGACGCCGUUCUACAGCUUCAAAUCCUGCCUCAGAAUGAGUGCAGUGGGCAUCACAGAAAAUGUGAAAGGAGAUGUGAAGAAAUUUGAAAUCUGGUACAGUGGCAGAGAAGUGGUGUACAUAGUUCAGGCUCCCACAGUGGAGGUGAAAGUUACAUGGCUGACGGAGAUUCGUAAAAUUCUCACCAACCAGCAGAAACUACGUCAAGAUGAGGCUCCUUCUCUUCAACUUUCAGACAACCUCCUCUCUGAUAGUGCAUCAGGUGUGUGUGUAUCGUGGGGCGGAGCAUCGGUGGGAGGCUGCUCAGCGUGUCUCACUGUUCCUCACAGCUCCUCGGCAACAAGCUACUCCCACAGGUACCAGGGGGAGGAGUCAAUACACAGUAGCCCCGCCCACUCAGACCCUGUGGUUCACUCACCUCGACGCAGUUGGCCAGUACUUGCUCACUCAGUGGCGAUCUGUGAUGGCCUGGAGGACUGGGGCGCGACAGACCUGUCCAAUUUAUCAGACUCAGAGGAGGAUGAUCAACCUACCCCCCUGGUGGCGGGUAGGUACAGGGUCAUGGUUGAAAGCAGCAUGGCCAGCACUGAUGACAUCAUCUUUAACUGCGGUGAUGUCAUUCAGCUGCUGCAUGAGGAUUCGUCAGGAAUGUGGAUGGUGAGGAAUAUCAGUCGUGGAGAAGAAGGGCGUGUUCUACCUGAGGACCUGCACAGGAUUCUGGGAGAAACCUGCUAAGAGCCAAUCACAACAGAGGAUAGAUGACGCUAUCUGUGAUGUGUGUUCAUUCUCUUUCUGUUUUCGUUGCUUAUUUGG